AUGGCGGGUGUUCUCCCGGGCAAGCCACUGGUACCAGAGCUUGACUUCAGUUCGCAACCUUACGGUAAACUAUCCAAGAGUUUCGAUAACGAUGUGGUCGAAGCCCGAAGAGUCAUCGAAGAGAAACUGCCGAUUCUCGCCCAACUCAACGCCGUCGUCUCGGUAGCCUUCGGCACCAAUUCACCACUCUUCGUCGACGCUCGAGCCCCUGACUCACCCGCCAAGCUUCUAGACUCGCCCCCCGAGGAUGGGGCCGAGCCGGACAGUCAGGUGACCAUCCAACCGGCUUCUAUCGUCCAGUUCUCCCAAGGCCACUUAGAGCCAAGAUUCGGGCUGUUCAAGGAUGCGUAUCUUUACGACACGGCGAUGCGCAAGGAGACUAUACCCCUUGCCAUCAAGUUUGCCGACCUCCUGACACCACAAGGCCCUCCGGCCGAGGCGAAGAUGCCAUGUUCUGAGGCUCUUGAACGGCUGCCAGUCCCGACGGAGGAUAUAGCCCAGGUGAAACGGGAUAUCAAGGAGUUCGGGUAUGGAUUCGUUAAGAAUGCACUUACACCGGUCCAAGUAGCUGUUCUUAGAAAAGCCGUUGAGGAACAAGCCGCAGGGGAACGCAAAGCCGGGAUCGCAAAGAUGGAUAGUGGGCCAGAUGCCGGCAGCGGUCCAAAUCAACGACUCUGGGUACUUACUAAUAAAGGCGAUGAGUUCCUCGAUCUGCUCAACCACCCCUUAAUUGACGAAAUAGUACCGUGGUUAAUUGGCGAUCACGCUCUUCUUCAUGCUUACGCCGCGAAUAUCGCUCGGCCGGGGAAUAUCCCCAUGCAAAUGCAUACAGAUCAAGUCGCCAUCCAGCCCCCGAUCAGGGAUGUAGUCUUUGGUGUGAACAUCAUGUUCUGUCUUACAGACAUGCAUUCUAGCAACGGAGCCACAAGAGUCAUCCCCGGCUCUCACCUAGGCCACGUCGCUCCGGCCGACAUCUUCAGCACCGAAGGCACAAUUGCCGCCGAGGCGCCCGCUGGUACCGCCUUCGUAUUCGAAAGCCGGAUCUGGCACGGCACAGGAGCCAAUACCCUAACUCCGGGCUCGCCCGAUUCGGAACGGCCCGCCAUCCUCAUGUUUUUCAUGCGGUCGUUCAUUCGCUCCCAAGAAAACUAUCCCUUAUCAUUACGCCCAGAUGUCGCAUCGAAGCUAUCGAAGAGGCAAAGGAAAUUCCUAGGAUUCUGCGCCACGGGUGCUGUUGGCGGUCAGGACGGCGACAUCCGCGAAGGAAUGUAUUUUGACCGAAGGAAAGACUGUCCUGGGGCUAUCCGUGAGCCUCAUGAACGACACAUGUCUGGAUAUACCAAUGGUGUUUGA